UUGUUUACAAUCCCAUGAUUAUAUUUCUGUUCUAUCACAUAUUCAUAAGCACACAGUUAAAGAUGAAAAAUAUUUUCAUGAUAGUUAUUGUGUACAAAUAUAUGGUUCACGAUAUGCUGAACAUGUUAUCGAUGCUGUACAAAUUGA